AUGGCUGGAUCUGUAUUUUUCGUUAAUACAGAAGUUUCUGAACCGGAAGCUAAAUCAGAAACCAACCAGAAAGAUGAAACACUGGCUCUUACCGAAUCUCAACAGUCCUUGGCUACAUUUUGGACCAAAGCAAUGGAAGAAAUACAAGCCAUUCGUAAUCUUGACUUGAAACAACAAGUCUUACCUUUAGCAAGAAUCAAAAAAAUCAUGAAGCUAGACGACGAAGUUAAAAUGAUAAGUGCAGAAGCACCAUUACUUUUUGCCAAAGCAGCUGAAAUAUUCAUCCACGAGUUGACAUUAAGGGCCUGGAUACAUACAGAAGACAAUAAAAGAAGAACCCUACAGAGAAACGACAUUGCAAUGGCCAUAACAAAAUACGAUCAAUUUGAUUUUCUUAUCGACAUUGUGCCUAGAGAGGACAUAAAACCCGUUAGAAGGGAAGAAGGCCAAAGGGCGAAUAACGAUCAGGUGCAUUAUUACUUUCAAUUAGCCCAGCAACAUCACGCCAACCUUCAGCAGAGUUCCUCACCAACAACGGCUACUACUACUACAGCCACUGUGGCACAGCCUCAAGGCACUAUACAGAUUGUACAGCCGCAAGUGCAGACUGUUCAAGUUAGUGCUGUUGAACAGAAUCCUAGUUCAUCUGCCGCAGAAACAACUCAAACGCCAAUAAUUUUGCAAGCCAAUGGUCAAACGAUUGCUCAAAAUCAACCAGGAAAUGUUCAAAUUAUUCAACAGAUUGUGACACCAAGUGGGGAAAUUCAACAGAUUCCAAUUCAACUCACUGCCCAACAACUACAGAUGAUUAAAUUACAACUUCAAGGAAACAGCUCCCAGCCCCUGAUAAUUCAGGCUCCACUCACGAAUGCAGGAGGGCCCCAACAACUGGUUCAGGUUGCUCAACCCGGCGGAGGCACGCAACAAAUAUUCCUAGCGCAGGCUAGUAACGCUAAUGAUAAUGAAUAG